AUGGCCGAACCAACAACCACCCUCACAUCAUCCUACACCUCCCCCACAAACGCCCCCUUCACAACCGCCGAGUCCAUCCCCGCACCACCGACUCCCCUCGACGCAGCCUCGAAAGCGAAAUACCUCGCAGCGCUGCGUGCAUCCGUGUCUUCGGCCCAGGACAAGAUCAACAGGGAGCUCACGGCCCGCAUGGAAGAGGAUAAGAAGCGCGAGGAGGCUGCUGGGUUGAAGCAUACCGUGGAUGACGAAAAGGAAGAGGAGAAUUACGGCGAGGAGGUUCAGGGAGAGGAAGAGUAA